AUGCAGUCACAUAGUUGGCCAGGUACUGACUGGCCGACUCUGUUGACACGAGGCAUUAUCGAUGAGGCUGGUCCUGAUGACUCGCGAAGUUCAUCACCAGAUUCCGUCAUUACAUCUCAUCUUUUGAGAAUCGAUAAGCGCAACCCCACUUACGGCUCCCUGGGCAGCACAAAGGCCUACAUCAGAAAGAACUCCGGAGGUAUCACUAUAGGUGCUUGGUAUCUGAGGGCCUCUUCAGGCUUUGCCAGCAUGAAUUCCGAAUGUGGUCGUACCUGUCCAGCGAGGCGUUCAGCUGGGGCCAUUACGGCCAACCGGGCCUUCUUCAAGGACAGCCAAUCAGAGCCAUCGUUCAAAGAUAUAGCAGUGGGUGCCCAACUAUCGCUAUGGCGCUUGAAUCAGGAAUCGAGACACAAAAACAAUUACCUUACUACGAACAUCUUGCAAGGCACAGCAGCUGCAGAUGCUUGGGGCUUUCCAGCCGACUUGGCGUUCGCGAGUCAGCCGACUACCUUCGGCAUCGCAAAAGCCGGAGAGUACCCAUACCUUCAAGUCUUCACACUUUACCCUCCGUCUCGACAAGUCACAGCCAUAUGCCUCAGAAUGUCGCACACUCAAGAACAUCUGAGCCACUACGUUCCCGCGGCCGGGGACUAUCUUACAAAUAAGGCGAAACAAGAAGAUGUAGACAGCCAGAGUGAACGUUCGUCGUAUCAUGUUGCGAUUUUGAAGGUGAACAUUAAGGCUUUCCGACAACAAGCUUUUGGCUUCACGAUACCAUUUGAUGAGGCGUCGUGUCAGACACUAAAUGAGCGUAAGAUGCGUUGUUCCACAUUUUCAGCAGCGGCUUUAUAA